UGUGUUGAGUGUGUUGAGGUGAGAGUCAGGACUUUCCUACACCUGACAGCGCACAACAGCUCUUCAGUCUUUCACUAAGAUGCAGAGGUGGGUUGUGAUCUGUUGGGCUCUCCUUGCCCUGGUGGCUGCUGAUGAAUGUCCAGAUGGCGGGAGCUGUGAAGACGGUCAAACUUGCUGCAACAGUCCAGCUAAAGGCUAUGAAUGUUGUCCGCUGGAUAAGGCUGAAUGCUGCGGGGAUCACAUCCACUGCUGUCCUGCAGACACACUCUGCAAUGUGCAAACAUCCCUCUGUGAGAACGCCACCGUGGCCUUGCCGUGGGUGGAAAGGACUCCUGCAGAAAAAGCCACAACCUCCAAAUCUUUCAGGAUGAUCAAGUCCUACAUGGGUGAGGACGAUGAUAACAUCUGUCCGGAUCAGUCACGGUGCCCUGCUGAGUUUUCCUGCCUCAAAGCUUUGACAAAGUAUGGCUGUUGCCCGCUACCCCAGGGAGUCUCCUGCUCUGAUGGCAAACACUGCUGUCCCGAGGGCCACCAGUGCAGCAUGGACAGCCGCUCCUGCAUGAAAAAAGAGCUCAUGGCUACAGUUCUGUGCAAGGACGGGGUGUCUGAGUGUCCAGAUGACAACACGUGCUGUGAAACCCCUGAAGGCACGUGGGGAUGCUGUCCACUGCCCAAGGCCGUAUGCUGCGAGGAUAAGAAAAGCUGCUGCCCAGAAGGGACCACGUGUGAUGUCCAACACUUGAAAUGCAUUUCCUUAUCUACCAAAAAAGAGCUGCCGAUGUGGGCCAAGUUCCCCGCCAGAAUAAGGGCUGACUGGGAGAACCAGAAAGAUGGUGGGAAUGUGACGGCGAAGGCGGUUGAUGAUAAUGACACUGGGAAAGUCCCUGAAGUCACCACAGCCAGUAGCAUUCCUCCUCCUAAGACAGAAGUGCCUGUGUCAUCUGUUACUAAGGCAGCUGGAGUGAACGAUGUCCCGUGCAACGAUACCGUGGGUUGUGCGGAUAACACCACCUGCUGUAAAACCGCAACUGGAGACUGGGCGUGCUGUCCUAUGCCAGAGGCGGUCUGUUGUUCGGACUUCAUACACUGCUGUCCAAAGGGGAAGAAGUGCAACCUGGCGGCGCAGACCUGCGACGACAGCACGUGCUCCGUGCCCUGGAAAGACAAGCUGCCCUCCAUCCCCAGGCGGAGAGUCGAGACGCGAGAGAAGAACGUCACAUGUGACGCAACCACCAGCUGCCCCGACGGCUCCACCUGCUGUAAAACCAAAGAGGGUGGUUGGGCCUGCUGUCCGUUACCGCAGGCGGUCUGUUGCGACGACCACGAGCACUGCUGCCCCUCGGGCACCACCUGCGACCUGGCGACCUUGACCUGUGAUGAAGCGUCAGGAUCCACACCCAUGGCCCGGAAGAUCCCUGCAAAUACCACCCCCAGCCCGGUUACCACGACGACAGCGACCACCACCACCACGGCGACCACCACCGCGAGCGCACUUACCAUGACGUCAACUACCACCCCGAUCCCGGUCACCACCACGACGGUGGCUGCCUUGGACGAGGAGACGACAACGCAAGGGGCGGAUGCCGCAGACGCUGGGAUGGUGAAGUGCGACAGCCAAACCAGCUGCCCUCCGGACUCCACCUGCUGCCUCAUGGCCUCCACCAAAAAGUGGGGAUGUUGCCCGGUGCCGGAGGCGGUGUGCUGCGCCGAUGGAAGCCACUGCUGUCCGACGCACUACAAGUGCGACGAGAGCCGGACCUCGUGCAUCAAAGGAGAAGUGGUGAUUCCCUGGUACACCAAGAUCCCGGCCCCCUCGAGCCUGCAGGCCGAGCCCAGCUCCGGGCCGGACGACGACUCGGCUCUGUGUCCCGAGGGCUCCUCCUGCUGCCAGCUCUUCACAGGCGACAUGGGCUGCUGCCCGUUGGAAAACGCCGUGUGCUGCCCAGACAUGGAGCACUGCUGCCCGCAGGGUUACACCUGCGACAUCGUCUCCAGGUCCUGCCACAAGCUCAUGGAGCUGCAGCUGGAGACCGUCCCGCUGACACCGGUGUACCUACCCGAGUACCAGCAGCUGCCCCCCCCCGGGACACAACUAAGCGUGCAGUGUGACGAGCAGUUCAGCUGCAAAGACGAGGAGACCUGCUGCAAGACGUCUGCAACCGACUGGGGCUGCUGUCCGUCUCCUAAUGCGGUGUGCUGCAGCGACAUGAAGCACUGCUGCCCCACCGGCUACACGUGCACGGCCGAGGGCUCCUGCAUCCAGAGCAGGGGGCCGCACUGGCAUAGCUGGCACGUUUUCCUGCCCUACAAGAAGAGAGCUCUGACCGUGUGAAACAUCACUGGGCACUUACCUCCGGAGGCAACGCACUAAUGAAAGUGGAAAAAAGGGAUAUAAAAAAUGAUUUUUAAAUGCUUAGUCUUAGAGAAAUGUGGUUAAUGUUCAGGGGAGACACUGUAAAGCUGAAGCACACUCAAGUUUCUGUCUGCAUGCAUCUAAUUUACAUCCAAUAUAAAUGAAUACAUAGAUGCCUGUUAUUCCAAGCACAUGAUAAGAAUAAAACACUUCCUAUUAAACUUGAUUAUAGUUACGGUCAAUCAUCUCUCUCUGUAUGUCUUGCCAGCUGCCUUGUGUUUAAAAUGCACCUCCUUUUCAAAUACACCUAUAGCUUUGGGUGUAGUUUUACAUAUCUGUGAUGAUUUUCAAUACGUGACAACACGAUGUGAGUGUGUCUGUUGUGGAAACUGUUACAUCUUCACUCUUUCAUAAAAUGACAUCACUUGUGUUUACAAUAAAUCAGUCUGAUGGUAGACGACACGA